AUGACGUCUCAGGCCACCAAGGAUGCCCUCGGUGGCAUGACCAACAACCUGACAGGAGAGAUUAAGAAUCCUCUUGAAGGUUUGACUCGCGCACAACUGAUGGACGAUGUCAAGAACUACGCAACACAACAUGACCUGACUUCUCUCACCGAGGUCCUCCAGAAGGGUGCCCUCGCUGGCCAAAAUCCGACCGAAAUCGACUCGAUCCCUGAACUUACCGAAGAGGAUCGUGUGGUUCUCCGUGAAGAAGUCACUCGUCGUUGGAAACAGCCAUGGGCCCUGUACUACACCAUUAUCCUGAACUCGAUUGCGGCGGCCAUCCAAGGGUGGGACCAAACCGGCUCCAACGGUGCAAAUUUGACCUUUGAUCGUGUUUUCGGUAUCCCAAACGAUAGCCCAUAUUGUCCUGAUAAAGCGACUUGUGACCGCAACCAAUGGAUCGUUGGAUUCAUCAAUGCCACGCCUUACAUCACCAUUGCUUUAUUUGCUGGCUGGUUAUCCGAUCCCCUCAAUCACUUGAUCGGUCGCAAAGGCACCAUCUUCAUUGCAGCAGUUUUCAGCCUAUGUGCUCCCAUCGGAUCCGCCUUUACACAGCACUGGGGUCAACUCGUUGCUUGCCGAGUGCUCCUGGGUAUCGGAAUGGGUCUCAAGGAAGUCACGGUCCCCGUUUAUUCUGCAGAGAAUGCACCAACCAGCAUUCGAGGCGGAUUGUGCAUGUCAUGGCAACUAUGGACUGCCUUCGGUAUCUUUCUUGGUACAUGCGCAAAUUUGAUUGUUGCAAAUACCGGGGAUAUAUCGUGGCGGCUGCAACUUGGAAUCUCCUCGCUGGCUGAUGACCAAGGGCGGCACAGUCAGGCCUAUGCUUCUCUGCUUCGCCUGCGAAACAGCCCUCUUCAAGCUGCUCGGGAUCUCUACAUGAUACAUGCGACACUUGCAACUGAGAGGGAAAUGCUGCAACAAUCAGGUUUCUCGAAGCAGGACAACAUGUUCGUUCGGUUCAUGGAGCUCUUCACAGUUCCGCGGCUGCGUCGUGCCACUCAAGCAUCUGGGAUUGUCAUGAUAGCUCAGCAAAUGUGUGGAAUCAACAUUAUCUCCUUCUAUUCCUCAACUAUCUUCAGUCUUGCCGGAGCGAACAAUAUCCAUGCACUCCUCGCUUCUUGGGGAUUCGGCCUCAUCAACUUCAUUUUCGCAUGGCCAGCAGUGUGGACAAUUGAUACCUUCGGCAGACGUGGCCUCCUGCUCUUCACUUUUCCAAACAUGUGCUGGACAUUACUGGCUGCCGGUUUCUGCUACUGGAUUCCUAGCAGCAGUAAUGCCCAUUUGGGGAUGAUUGCAUUCUUCAUCUACAUUUUCGAUGGGUUUUAUUCUCCAGGAGAGGGGCCCGUCCCAUUUACCUACUCCGCCGAGGUUUUUCCUCUUUCACAUCGUGAAAUAGGCAUGGCUUGGGCAGUGGCUACCAACAAUUUCUGGGCAGCAGCUUUGUCGUUGACAUUCCCUUACAUGCUACGAGCAUUGACCCCUCAGGGUGCCUUUGGCUUCUAUGCCGGAUUGAAUAUUGUAGCGCUGGUGCUGAUCUUCCUAUUCAUGCCGGAGACUAAGCAACGCUCUUUGGAGGAGUUGGAUUAUGUCUUUGGCGUUCCGACUCGAACUCAUGCCAAAUACCAGCUGACCCAAGUUCUACCGUGGUGGAUCAGAACUUACAUCCUCCGACGCAAGAAUCUCGUAUGCCCUUCGUUGUACCGGUAUGGUGACAAGACAACUAUGGCUCAGCCUGCUGAUUUCCAGGAAUCCUCUGAGAUCCACGAGGUCACUACUGACAAGGAAACCCCGAAGGAUGUGUGA